AUGGGUAAUUUUUCUCGUGAAUAUAGCAUGAGCAUUUAUUGGUCGGCUCUUACCAUAACUACUUGUGGUCAGCAGCCCUAUCCAUCGACAUCAUCACAAAAUAUGCUUGAAGUGAUAGACACAUUGAUAGGUGUGCUAGUGUUCGCCACCAUUAUUGGUGGUGUUGGUAGUGUUGUAACACAUAUGAAUGAAGAAGUCUAUGACUUCCGACAACAAAUGGACGGUAUCAAAUUUUACAUGAAAUAUCGAAUGGUAACACCAGCUAUC